AUGACCUAUCGACGGGAUUCAGACAUUUACGACGUCCGCACUUAUGGCGCAAUUCAACGACGGACCAACGCCCUUCCCCCACCGACCAGCAUGCCCGGAAGACUUGGCCCGGAAGUCCUUCCGCCUGAUCCGGCUUCCAUGAUGAUGCCCAACAACAACAAAUCAAUCAGCAGUCGACACUUUCUGCUGGCCAAAAAGACGAAAAUGGUCGCCUGGUUCGUCUCCCAUUGCCGCACUGACAGUCUCAGAGAAAAAUAUUUCGAACUGGUGAGCCAACACGUCCCAAUCGACACGUACGGCAGUUGCGGAUCGCUCACCUACAAGUUCUACGUGGCGGCCGAGAAUGCAAUUUGUCCCGAUUACGUCACAGAGAAAUUCUAUCGAGCCAUGGCGGCCGACAUUGUCCCCAUCGUCUACGGAGGCGCCGAUUACUCCGCAUACGCCCCACCCAUGUCUUACAUAGACGCGGGAGAUUUCAAAUCGCCAAAAGCCCUGGCCGAUUAUUUAAAACUGCUGGACGAGAAUGACGGCCUCUACCUGAAAUAUUUCAACUGGAAACAAAAUUACGAAGUGGUGAGAAGGCCAGUCAGUGGCUGGUGCGAACUUUGCGAGAAACUCAACGAUCCUCAACAGAAACCCAAAGUCUACGAAGAUAUAACUGACUGGUGGUAUCAUAAAGAUAUUGCCUGUCUCUCCGGAUAUGAUUACCUUGACAAUUUACUGCAACAAAAUAUGACAACGUUCUGA